UUGAAACUCAUAGUCUUUAGUCUGAUUUAGUACGCUGACCAAAACUGAAAGAAGAAGCUAACCUUCGUACAUUGAAAAUGGCCACCUCAACAGAUUCAUACCUCAUCAUAGGCGCUGGCGUCUUCGGCGCCUCCACUGCCUUGCACCUGAUCCGCGCAUACCCCGACGCCACCGUCACCCUCGUCGACCGCAAUGCCUACGACGCCCCCAUCCGCAUCGCCGCUUCGUGGGACUGGAACAAGGUCGUGCGCGCCGACUAUGUCGAUAUUGAAUACAUGCGCCUUUGCCUCGAGGCCAAGAAGUACUGGUCAGAGGACCCGAUCUGGAAAUCGUAUUACCAUGAAAGCGGCGUCUACUGGGUCUCGCCGAACAACUUUGCAGAACAUAUGCAGGAGAAUUACAAGAAGCUCGGAGUCGACUCCGGAUUAUUCUCUUUCUCUGUUGAGGAGGCCAAGAAGCAAUAUGGCGGCAUUUUCAAAGACGCUGAUUUCACUGAUGUGAAGGAGGUUUUUGUGAACAAGAAUAGUGGAUGGGGUGAGGCGAAGGAGGCGUUGCAGAGGACUAUUGAGGAGGCUGUGAAGCUCGGGGUGAAGUAUGUUGAGGCAGAAGUCGAGAAGAUUGAGUUUGAUGAACAUGGCGCUGCGACUGGUAUCAAGACAUCAAAGAGCGAGAGUAUAACCGCUUCACGAGUCAUCUUAUCAACGGGCGCUUACACGGCAAAGUUGCUUGCCGAUAGCGCCCCCGAGAGAAAAGAUCUUCAAGCUGGCGACAGGUUCGUGGCAGCAGCUGUUACCGAGGGGUUCACGCUUGUCUCUGGAGAGAAUGCAAAAGACCUUUACGACGGGCCAGUUGGAAUCUCCAUGGUGCCGCCAUCAAGAGGCGCAAGCAACGGAAGUGUUCCUCAUUCGAAGGACAAGACCUUGAAAUUCUGGGGUCAAAUAAUCUUCAGAAACACUCAGACUCACGCAAACGGAAGCCAGAUAUCUGCACCUCCUGCGGCAGUUGACUAUGCGCAGCUCGAGGUCCCGGAUGCUCUGAAAGAAGACGUUGAUUAUGCUGGAAAGAGUCUGUUUGGAAAAGGAAGCGAAGCUUUCAAGAACGAGAACUAUCGCAUCUGCUGGGAGGCUGUCACGCCCGAUGAGGACUUCAUCAUCUCCCCGCAUUCUGCGAGUAAGAAUCUCUAUGUCGCGACUUGUGGAUCGUUCCAUGGCUGGAAGUUCCUGCCCAUCUUGGGUAAGUACGUUGUACAGAUGCUGGACGGGUCCCUCGAGGAGACACUGGCGAAGAAGUGGUCAUGGGACCGAUCAUUCCCAUCGCCCACCCACAGGGCUUGGCCUAGAAGAGAAUUGAGUGAUCUAAAGUAAAUGCUUUGCGUGGAACCAACAUUAGCAUGAGCAAUUAGCAUGGGAGGGAAAUCUGAUACAUCGACUCGUU